AUGUAUGCAAUAGUAGUGAAUUCAUUUAUGGUGGUGUUUAGAGGUAUCUGGUCAGUAUUCAACUUGGUGGUAAUUACACCCAUAUACUACUUUGUAUACAUCCAGUACAUGCUAGUUCUACAUCUAUUGUUGAUUCCCAUCCAGCUCCUUGUUCUGAUUACCAUCUAUACGGCGCUCAUCAAGAUUCCUAUAGUGAUACCACUUUCGUAUGUACUCGAGCUAAACGACUCCAAUCCAGAAAGGGCGGACAAUGCCUGGUUAGCAGCCCAACUCCACCUCUUUUUUGUCAAUUUUACCCAUUUCGCCAUGGUCAGUGUGUUUUUGGGAAUUUGUGCUGGCACCAUCUUGGGCUGGAAUAUCAUUGGCAUUCGAUACUUGCUUACAUGGGGUAAAAGGAAAACAAAGAAAGGGUCUAGAUCGCUCUACAAAAGCUACCAAGGUAGCAAGGUGUCUACUAGAAAUGCUAAUAUAAGUAGUCCAGACAGGAAACGGUUUGUCACUCCUGUUUCUUCUGCAAAGAGCUCUCCCAGAAGAGAUGCUUCUGCCCAGAGCACGCCUCUAUUAAGCAGAUUGUUGAAUACUGUGGUAGUAGAUGACCACACUGAAACAAGAGCUACAGGCUCAAAUAUACACACGUCAGGAAAUCUCAGAGGUCGCCUGACGAAUAAGACGAAACAGGAGCUUGUUUAUGAAGAUGACGACGGCUACAGUUACAGCAUGUAUUCGAAGAGGCUGAAGGAACAACUUCCACAAAUUGUUUCACCUCUGAAACAGAAUAAAAGGUCGAGUGAGAAAGGUACCGACUCGAAGAAGACUACCUUUGCUCAGCCUGUAGAGGCUGAACUCCCUCUUGCAGAUCCUAUAGAGGAAGAAAUUGGCACCAUAGCUGAAGAAAGUGAGACCGAAUCAAUGAAUGACGGGGCUACGCUUUUCUCCAAUGUCCGAAACGAUGCCACUCUUGCAAGCUCCGUACGCGAGGAGCCUAAAUAG